AUGGUGCCGCUGCGCGCCGGGCGGGGACCCGCGCCCCUGCGCGCCCAGCCUGCCGGCUGGAGGAAAGAAGCUCACCGAGCCCGCGGCGGCCAGGGGGAGGCGGGGGCGCUCCCGAGGUCGCGUGCCGCCCCUCCGGAUCUGUGGGGGGAAAACAAGAUGGUUCUCAGCAUCAGGCGGGGCUCGCGCCGCGCUCCUCCGCCCCGGCUUUGGCGGCCCCGGCCCCGCGCCCGGGGCCUUCCCCGGUUGACACGGCCCCGCCCGCGUCCCCGCGCCGCAACCCCGGCCUCUCCACUGCGGCACCGGCACCCGCUCCCGCCGCGGUCCGGAUGGCAGCGCGGGGGCGCGGGAGCCGGCAGAGGCGGCCGGGGACCCCGCCUCGACACUGCGCGCGGCCGCGGCCCCGGUUCCCCGGGGACAGCGGGCUGCCCGAGGGGCAGGCUUACCGAGCAGGUGGCUCCGGCGCUCCGCACCUUCCGCAAUGCGCGCCGCGGCUCAGCGCCGCGGUCCCGGGGCUCGGCGGGGCUCGCGCGCGGCGGCGGCGGCUCGAGAGCUUCUGUCCAAGGUUCUGCAGGCGCCGCGGCCCCGCCCCCAGCUCGGCCGCCUUCGCCGCCGCCGCCGCCGCCGCCGCGCCCGCGCCCGCCCCGGCGCGCACCUCAGCGGCCUCCCUCUCGGGCGCGCGCGCGCGCGCGCGGCCCACGCGCCGGCCGGGCCUGGUCUCACCCGGGAGCUGGGGCCGCCGCCGUGCUCAGCACGAGCGGCGCGCGGUGCGGGCAGCGACGCGGCCGCGAGCCCCGGGCGCCUCUCUACUCGCAGCGCCCCAUCCAGGACCCAGACUCUGGCGGCGGGGACUCGCGGCACCUCCCCGUCCCGCCCCGCGGAGCCGCCCCCUCCCCGCACUGCUCACCGCCCGCUCGGCGCUGCCGCGCCAGCAGCAGCCCGGCCGCGUGA